AUGUCCGUAUUCCGCACUAAUAAACAAGUGACGCUCCUUCACCACGGGAAAAGUCAAAUACUUCGUCUUUUUGCAUUUGGGUCUAGGUUCAAGCCUAUUAGAGUCAGACGUCUUGGAAGAUGGAAAAGGGAUAUGCACCGGCUGAAUCUGCACCUCCAUAUCCAGGGCCACCCUUGCACUAUCCAGGUCAUGAACAGCCAGCGAUCAGUGAACUCCUCUGGGGCUUUGCGAUCCUGCAGUUGA